CCUUCUUGAACCUUGCCAUCAUGAUCUUGUCUACUUUUCUGGGAGCGCCCCUUGCCAUGAUUCGUUUCAAGCGUCGACACCUCCAAUAUUACUGUAUAAUAGCGCUGCAGGCUGGUUGACAUUCGUGUCCGUUUAUGCCAGUUGCCUCUCAGGAUCAAGUUUUAUUCGAAGAAUACGCAGCCAUGAACACUCAAUCGAUCACUGGCAUGGGCAAAGGAUAUGACGUCGAGGACCAGGGAUUGGCCUUGAAAAGCAUUUCAGAAAUAUCUCCCGCUGUAGAGGCCUAUAUCCACCCCGUCUUAUCGUUCGCAAUGCAGAUUCAGGGUCCUUUCAUGAGAUUCCGGCGCUUGGACGAGCAAGAAGUGCAUUUUUCGAGUGCUUCCAUCUAUAAUCUUCUGUCCUCGUGGCGGACCAACAACGCGUACACAUUCGUCGUAGUGCCAGCUUCCUACCCGACUCCUGGAUCCAUGAAGCCGUCAGAGCAAGAAAUGACACUUCUCAACGCCCAGACAGCUCAAAUUAAAACCAAACAAAGUCCUCUCACUCAGUAUACAGCAAUGUGUCGCUCAGUACUUGUUCCAAUUCGUCGUGUACCGCGUCAUAUGCUCCGGGAGAUAUUUUCUUGACAUGUCGUCUUGGGGUGGACCAGGAAUGGUAUGCGCAUGGUUGUUGGGCCAGCCACCCCCUCCUUGGUGUUCAUCCAUCCCUCUUUUCCGAAGCUCUCCGGCGCUCGGGGAGCCAUCCACAGAGUAUGGUGUUGACGUUUAAACGCUCUCUCACAAAGGACAACCUGCUGGAUAUCAUCAUCCAGCACUGCACCUGAUGGAGGGUUAUGAAGGUCGACGCGUCCGGGUUGCCAAGUCGUGCUAUCGACGUGCUUUGCAUUAAGUACCUGUCGUCUCCGGGAAGCUUCCCUUAUUGGAGGAUGUAUGCAUUGAUGUGGGUUCCAGGGGCCUUCUGCGCUUCACCACACGUUCGCGGUAGCUCGCUCUCUUCGGAGAGUAGACCUCCGUCGUUUCGUACUCUUUGAACACCGAUAGACCAGCGGCGCCUCACGCAUCUUUCGGU